UGUAACAUAUUUGUCAUUUCUUAUUAGCGGGUGGAGUCGCUUUUCUUUUGGGAAAAUAGCAACAAGUGUCUUAAAUCCUUUUAAAAAUUAACAAUAACAAAUAUGGGUUGUGCAAUAAGUGCAACAGGAGACAAGGAAGCCACUGAAAGGUCUAAAAAGAUCGAUAGAGACCUUAGGGCAGAUGGAGAAAGAGCUGCUAGCGAAGUAAAACUUUUACUCUUAGGUGCUGGAGAGUCUGGAAAAAGUACAAUUGUGAAGCAAAUGAAAAUUAUUCAUGAAACAGGCUACUCUAUAGAAGAAUGUAAACUUUAUAAGCCUGUCGUUUAUAGUAAUACCAUCCAGAGUCUCAUGGCUAUAAUUCGAGCAAUGGGUCAGUUGAGGAUUGAUUUUGGAGAUCCCAGUAAAGCUGAUAUAGCUAGGCAGUUUUUCACAUUUGCAAGUGCAGCAGAGGAGGGAGAGCUCACUCCAGAGCUCGUAGCAUUAAUGAAAAAGUUGUGGCAGGACUCUGGUGUGCAGCAGUGUUUCUCACGUUCUAGGGAAUACCAAUUGAAUGAUUCGGCGGCUUAUUAUCUCAAUGCUUUAGAUAGGAUAUCACAGCCAACAUACAUACCAUCCCAACAAGAUGUUCUACGUACUAGAGUUAAGACUACUGGAAUUGUUGAAACACAUUUUUCAUUCAAAAAUUUACAUUUCAAAAUGUUCGAUGUUGGUGGUCAAAGAUCUGAGAGGAAGAAAUGGAUCCACUGCUUUGAAGGUGUCACAGCUAUAAUAUUUUGUGUAGCGUUGUCUGGUUAUGACCUGGUAUUAGCAGAAGAUGAAGAAAUGAACCGUAUGGUAGAAUCAAUGAAGCUUUUUGAUUCAAUCUGUAACAGCAAGUGGUUUGUCACCACUUCGAUCAUUCUAUUUCUGAACAAAAAGGAUCUUUUCAAAGAGAAAAUUGCUCGUAGUCCCCUUACUAUCUGUUUCCCAGAAUAUACAGGUUCGAACACAUUCGAAGAGGCUUCAGCCUAUAUAAGAAUGAAAUUUGAAAACUUAAAUAAGAGAAAGGAUCAGAAGGAAAUAUACACCCAUUUAACUUGUGCCACAGACACAUCUAAUAUUCAGUUUGUGUUUGAUGCAGUCACCGAUGUUAUCAUAAAGAAUAAUUUGAAAGAUUGUGGUCUUCUUGUAUAAAAUACGUAACAAAGUGUCAUUCUAUUCUAAGAUGUUAUUUAAUAAGAUGUAUAUUUUACCGACUUAACACUUACAUGACUUGAGGAAUUUAUCCAAGCUUUAAAUUUUGUAUUCCUUCGAUUCAUUUGAUCUCCUUCACUUGAUCAAGAAAAAUUGAAAGACUGAAUCAACAUUGACAGAAUCAAUUUAUUUGUAACACUUCAUCUAUAUUUCCAAUAAUUACAUAAAUUUUUCAUUUCUUUCACAAAAUAUCAUUUGAAUUUGUUUGAAACUAGACAUAAAUCAUCAUGAUGAUAAUUCAAACUGGUUCAUUAUAUAAAUUUCAACCUUCUGAUAUUGAUAAAUAGGAAAGAGUUAGGGACUUUUCACUAUUUUAACGAUAAAAUUUCACUCAUUUAGGACGCACAUCAGUUCGUUUAGUUAUUGCUUGUUAUUUUCAUUUUAUUUCUCCCACUGUCUCCAAAUCCGUUUUGUGCCACAUUCCAUCAUUGAUUAAUUCAAAAUUUUAUCUGUUCAAUGUUAGAAAUAUCAAAAUAUCGAAUGUCCCUGUGUAUGACUAGUAUCAGCAACUAUCAAGGAAGACUAAUUGUAUGAAUUUCUAAUCUGCAAAUCUUACACUUCUCAGUAUUCAUGGAUUUUACCACUUUUCUCACUUAAGUAUUAAUUGGUUGAUUUACAAACAGCUUUUUUAUAUUAUUUUUUUUGUGAACUUCAUGUUGAUGUUUUUCAUGUCAUCAUUAAUUCUACUAGUUGUUUUUCGUCGAAAUCUGAAAUAAAACUAGUAUGAUCAACUUAUAUCGAAUUGCACUCGAAUCAUAUUCAUCACCGAUGUCCUUGAAGAAGGAAGAUCUUUAUAAUUUAAUACGAUUUCACUGUCUGUAGGGUUUUGAUAGAAAGUCCACUGUAUUUAAAAUGGUAAUUAUCAGUUUUUGCCAUAAAUUUUGUGUAUUAGAGUGUUCUCAAUUUUCUUAUAUUAUUCCACAAGUCAUUCCGCCAAAAACGAACUUAAAAAAGUGACUGAUUUUUGUAUACUUAAAAUAUUCACCACUAGAGAGUAUAUAUAUAUGAAUUCAAGGUUGAAAAUCUAUUUUUGUAAUCUUAGAUAUUUUUGUAUCUUUUAUCGAAUCAGUAAUAAUAUCUCGAAGAGUUUAAAGUUGAUAAUUUUUUUACUGAACUUUACAAACAAUCUCCAGUUUUUGUGGGAUUGAAAUUCCAUUAAUAUAUAAGAUAUUUGUAUCAAUGUUAUCAAAUUCAGAAUGUUUCAAAAUUGAGAUUUUGUCAAGUUUCAUUCUGUCGAACUGACAAAAGGGUGAAGAUAUUUUUGUAGUAGUUUAUUACUGGAGAAGAUAUAUUUUUUACUUGUCAUUUCUCUAUUUAUGCUCAUUAUACUUGUCUGAUUUUCAAGCAAUUUAAUGAACAAGUAUUCAAAUUUUGGUUUCAAGUUGUAUUUAUCAUAAAAGGUUGUGAUUCUUAGAGCUCAAAUGGCUACAUUUUUAUUGUUCUGUUUCGAAUGUAUAUCUGAAUAAAUCAAUUAACUGAAAAUCAGGCCAUAUACGUCUUUGAAAUUGAUCAAAAUUUGAAUUGAUUAUGGUGAAGUUCCACUGUAUAUUUUUGUAAAAUAUUUUUGAGAUAAAUCUAAUCAAUAAAUGCCUUUUUCCAAUA